AUGGCGUUGGCUCAAUCCUUCAAGCUCCUCUCGGGACACGAGAUCCCAGCAGUUGGCCUGGGAACCUGGCAAUCCAAGCCCAACGAGGUCAAGAACGCCGUUGAGCACGCUCUGAAGUCCGGUUACCGCCACAUCGACGCCGCCGCCGUCUACGACAACGAGAAGGAGGUCGGCGAGGGCGUCAAGGCCUCGGGCGUGCCGAGAAAAGACAUCUUUAUCACCAGCAAGCUCUGGAACACCCACCACAAGGCCGAGGACGUCGAGACGGCGCUCGACAUCACCCUCAAGGACCUGCAGACCGACUACGUCGACCUGUACCUGAUUCACUGGCCCGUCUCGUUCAACAAGAAGGACGACGCCACCCGCUUCCCGCUGCACCCCGUGACCGAGGCCGUCGACGUCAUUGACGUGCCGGUCGAGGAGACGUGGAAGGCCCUCGAGGCCCUCGUCAAGAAGGGCAAGAUCCGCACCAUCGGCGUCUCCAACUUCACCAAGGAGAAGAUCGAGGCCCUGUGGGAGACGGCCGAGAUCAAGCCGGCCGUGAACCAGAUCGAGGCGCACCCGUACCUGCAGCAGCCCGACCUGCUGGCCUGGUCCAAGGAGAAGGUGAGUGACCGCGAGAUGGGACGGACGGACGGACGGACAGAAGCACUAUACCUGCUGCUGCCGCCGCCGCCGCCGCCACCACUACCACCACCGCCGAGAAGAGAAAUCUCCGGCGUUGCAUUCCGCACUCCGCACCCCCUCGCCAACAACAUCUACAACCUUCCUCGUGCCGUCGACGACCCCACCAUCGCCGAGCUCGCCAAGUCGUUGGGCAAGGAGCCGGCCCAGCUCAUCAUCAGCUGGUCCGUCCAGAGGGGCACCGUCGUGCUCCCCAAGUCGGUGACGCCCUCGAGAAUCGAGAAGAACUUUGAAGUCUUCGAGCUGCCCAAGGACGUGUUCGAGAAGAUCAACGCCCUCGACAGGAAGCACCGCUACAACUUCCCGGCCCGCCUCGGCGUCGACAUCUUUGGCGAGUCGGACCCGGAGACGCUCAAGAAGGCGGUCGAGACGUGGGUGGCACAGCAGAAGAAGAUCAGGGCGGGCCAGGCAUAG